AUGUUACGAAACUCUUCUCGAAGCUUUCAGGUCUCGCUUCACCAACAGCAACAGCGACAUCAACAAGAAUGGUUCACCUCUCGCCGUGCAUUUCUCUCCGAGUUUGACUCGCUGAUCGACUCCGCCAAAGAGUACCAAAUCCCACCACAAACUAUCGACGACCGAGUACGGGAAGAGCGGAGCAGGUGGUAUGCCGAGAGAGUGCGCGGCUCUUUGUUGAGGUUGAUGGUUGAGGACCCUUCGGGCCGAGAGGAGGUUUUUGAGAAGUUGGAGGACCUAUCUAUCCCGAAUGCAGGGGGAGACCCGAUCGGCUUGGCGAUGGAGAUUGCUCAGUUUCUGAGUAAGGGACCCUUAGGCUCUUCGGCAGCUGAGCAAGGGGUUGCCAAAGACCUACCAGAAAGACUGGCCACCGCAAAUACCGACGCAGGGAAGGCGGAGGCUUUGAAGGAGGAGUUUUUCAAGGCUGAUGAUGGCACCGUACCGGAGGACCAUCAGAAAUAUCUUGACAUGCUUCUAUACCAGGGGUCAUCGAUGGAGCAGGUGGUGGAUCGGAUCCUGGAGGAGAGGCAAGCUGCGACCGGCGCUCGAGACCAGACAAACAAACUGAACCAGCGGCUGGAUGAGCUCCGCAGGGCGCGGGCCGCUCACGAGGCACAGAAAACGCGAAAAGCGCAGCGGAGGGAAAGCCUGGCACAGCAGAAAGUCCCAGACGAGCUGUACGAACUCCCUGCCUGUGCUGUCUGCGGCAACACAACAAACCCAGGGGACUUCUUCUGCUGCAGCAUAUGCACCAUCCUCGCGAGCAGCGGUGUACAGGAGAAGCAGACGGUAUUUUGCUCCGAAACUUGCGACAAAGAGGGCCAUCCCGCGCACAUAGCGACACACACGUGCUCCUCUGGCCUGUUUUGCACCCAACAACAACACCCACAGCCCCGCCCCGGUACCACCGCACACGGCUCGGACAAGUACAUCACAGACGGCGGCACAUCCGCACCGUCACAAAACGACAUCCGCUUCUGCACCGAGUGCCUAACCACCCUUAAACAAGCGAGCAUAUGGUGCUCCCUCGCCUGCGCCGACGCAAACUUCCAGACGCACCGCGAGCAAGUCCACAUCCCAGCGCGCAAUAGGCUAGGCCUGGCCGUCAAUGACGAGCAGCAGCUCGAGUACCUCCCUCUCCCGGAUAAUAACACCGGGGACGGCAGCGGCAGCAGAAAGUACCGUGCCAAGGAUGUUGGCGGCUUCACGACUUCGUUGGGGGAGGCGGUUCAGGAGUGGGAGGAGCAGAAUCGCGUGAGGCUGCAAAGUGCUGCUGUUUGACGGGGAGGGGGGUGUAGUAUAGGGUGGCGAGCUGGGGUGGUGAGCUUGUUUCUAGGAAUCUGUACGGUGUGUGAUCUGUCUCGGUAGAUAUAUACUAAAGGUGUCGUCGGGAACGGUGAAGUGAAGGGGAAAUCCAUGGCUCUUCGCUCCCUGUUGCUGUGUUUUCAUGCAGCUACGUGGUCGCUUCCUCUCCGGUGUCUCGUCACUCAUGAUAUCAAGCAGGCCACUGACAACUGCGAGAAAUCAAAACAGACCAAAACAUCGUGUUGAUUUAGAAUCUAACAACAUACACUAACAACAACGGCACCGCCCAAG